CGGGCCGCAGCCCCGACGUCGCCGCCCGCGGCGGGAAGCGCCUUAAAAGCCGCUGCUCCGCCGCCGCCCGGUGCUCGCCGGGCUCCUCGGGAGUGUGCGCGGAGGCCGGGGACUGGCCGCCGACCGACCGACUUCCGACGGACCGCGAUCCCGGGCAGCCCCCCCAGACCGGCCGGCCCGGCUUUGGAGGGAGAGACCCGGACAGACCCCGCUCGGCCCCGGCACUCCGGCCGCCCGGACGCGCCCCCUGCCGGCGGGCAGCGCGCCGAGGGCGCGGCGGCGGGGGCAUGUGAGCCCGCGGGAUGGCCUCGGCGGUGUUUGAGGGCACCUCGCUCGUCAACAUGUUCGUGCGCGGCUGCUGGGUGAACGGCAUCCGCAGGCUCAUCGUCAGCCGGCGCGGGGACGAGGAGGAGUUCUUCGAGAUCCGCACCGAGUGGUCGGACCGCAGCGUCCUCUACCUGCACCGCAGCCUCGCCGACCUGGGCCGCCUGUGCAAGCGCCUCCGGGACGCCUUCCCCGAGGACCGGCCGGAGCUGGCCCGCGCGCCGCUGCGCCAAGGAUUGGUAGCCAUAAAGGAUGCCCAUGAUAUAGAGACCAGGCUCAACGAGGUGGAGAAGUUGCUGAAGACCAUCAUAAGCAUGCCAUGUAAGUAUUCUAGGUCAGAAGUCGUGCUCACCUUCUUUGAAAGAUCUCCUCUGGAUCAGGUGCUAAAAAAUGACAGUGUACAUAAAAUUCAACCCAGCUUUCAAAGUCCAGUGAAAAUAUCAGCAGAUAUGAAGACAUUAGCAACCACAGUAAUAACUAUCAUUUCUCAAGUACCAGAGAUCAUGAGGUCCAACGGAUUUUGUUUAGCAAAUACAGAAACUAUCGUUAUCGACCACAGUGUACCAAACGGAAAAGAGCAGCACCUGGGUGUGGAUCCGACGGAGCAUUUGUUUGAGAACGGCAGUGAGUUCACCUCUGAGCCGGAGGAUGGCGAUGACCCAGCAGCUUAUGACACCAACCUGUCCUAUUACCACCUGGUCCCCUUUGAGACGGACAUUUUGGACUGAGUCUUCACGGGGCCACCUCCUCAGCCUUCAGCUGCUGGUUCUGCUUCUGUUUCCCACUGGGGCCACCCGUGCCUGCACUGACUGAGCACGGCUCUGCUGCCAGGCCCCGCUCAGCAACCUGCGCCCGAGGCCUGUCGUCUGGGAGUGGGGCAGGGGGGUUUCUGGGGUUAGCACCGACCCCACGAUCUCUGACAACCAGGGAUCAGGCCUGGGAGUCCACGACACCUGCUGCUGAGGAAGGGCCUCUCCCACUGCACACCCGGCCCGUUUCUGCAUUCCUAGGACUCCCCCCGCCCCCCACUCCCCCACCGUGUGGAGGAGCCACAAGUGCCUGCAGGACAUCACGAUGCAAGGGGACCGCCCAGGGCCUUGCUGGGUUCAUUUUCGCCUGUGACCGCUUCCUGGGAGAAGCCUCCUCCUGGUGCAGGGCCAGGGCCAGGUGCCCCUCCCUGCCACCCCCAGCACCACAAGCACAUGGAACAAUCUUCUUGAGCCCUUGUUGAGCCCCAAGUUCAGGGGGACAUAGGCAGGGCAUCUUAAGUAACCAGCCUUUUCCUGAGAAGCAGGGUGUGUGGCCUCCAUUUGUUUUCAUCUUCUGUCUGGAAACUGAGGGCUGGCUUUGUGUCAGCCACAGUGGGUGUUUACAGAAGGGGAUUGUGGAUGGGGACGGGAACGGGGCUGAGCUAGUGAUUUUCCUCAACAGGAAGAGAACCUUGCCUGGCAGGCCAGCAUCUCUUCAGGGCCAUGGUGCUGUGGCCACCUGGGCCCCCGAGGUUUGUCUCCUGGCUCCCAGCUCCCCACCAUGGAACCGCCAUAGUAACGUGAAGGAAGAGAGUGAGAGGAAAGCCACACAGUUUGCCCAUUUCCCUCUGCCCUCAGGGAGGGCCUGGGGUCUGUGUGCUUAUCUCCUUUAUUUCUUCACAGUGUCUACUAAGGACCAACAUUUGUAACAAUGUAAAUAUUAAUAAAUUAUUGAAGUCCUAAUUAUUUUACACAGUCUGUUUUUAAAUCUAUUUUAAUGAAAUAAAAUAUAUUACUCUCCUU